AUGUCAGACUCAACUGUCGUCCUCAUAACCGGCGUCGCUAGAGGAAUCGGCCAGGCCCUGGCCAAAGCCUACCUCUCCCGCCCAAACCAUACCGUCCUCGGCACAAUACGCGACCCCUCCGCCCAAUCAUUGUCAGCCCUAAGCUCGCACGUCCCAGCCCAGGGCAGCCGUCUUUUACUCUUCACACUUGAAUCUACCACCGCAUCGCACUAUGCUGACCUCGUUUCCUCCCUCAAGACUGCUGGAAUAACGCACCUGGACCUCGUGAUCGCCAACGCAGGCGUUGCGUAUCCCGCAGGCACACCGGCAUCUGUAGAUGUCGAGGAUGUAAAGAACGUCUUUGAUGUGAAUGCACUGGGGACCCUGAGACUUUUCCAGGCACUCAGGGGGUUUCUUGAGGUCGGUUCUAAUAAUGGAAGGAGAGUGAAGUGGUGCCCACUACCUGUGUUUUCCGCUCUGGAACGGAAGAAGAAAAGUGUUCGGCUGAGCUUAGUCCAGACUGAGAUGGGCAACAAAGGCGCGCAGAAAAUGGGCCUCAAGGAGGCGCCGAAUACGGUCGAGGAGGCGAUUACGAAGACCUUGGCUGCGAAGUUAAAUCGAGACUUGAGACUAAUGCGAGGCCGUCGACAGAUUGACAGUGCCACGCGCGAAGAUACGUCGGGAAAGUUUCUGAAUAUUAUCGAUGGGGCAGAGGUUCCCUGGUGA